AUGCUCAACUCCCCUUAUAUCGUCCACCCUUUACCUGGAUCGGGGCUGCAGGAUGAUAGUUGCUCCGGAGGCCCCUCAAAUAUUCAGUCGCUUGACUUGAGAGGCAGUCUUUCUAGCGCCAGCACCAGCGCAAGUCCCGAUGAUACCUCCACCGAUUCGCCGGACUGGAAUGCCGGGGCCGGUCAGUCCCCGCCGGACCUAGACGCGCACAAACAGUUCCCUCGAUCUCACGCUUUCAUGUUGGGUCCGCAUAUACAUAUUGAUGACAUGGAUAUUCCACCCAAGGUGGAAGAGUUGGAUGAGGAUGAACUCAUGGAAGGUGUCAAAUCAUCCGAGGUGGGGAAUGAACAUGAUCAUGAUCAUGAUAACUCGGGUGCUCCCGCUUCCGUUCCACGGAAACGUGGACGCCCGCGCAAACACCCACUCCCUAUCCCUGGUGGUCAAGCCAAGGUGACCAAGGGUCGGUCUAAGACUGGUUGUAUAACCUGUCGACGACGGAAGAAGAAAUGCGACGAGACCAAGCCUGCAUGUCUCAACUGUCAAAAGAAUGCCGUUGUAUGUGAAGGAUACCCACCUAAGGAGAUAUGGAAAAGUGGAAGGCAGAAGAUGGCCGAUGCCGUUCGAACACACUGUUUGACCUCCGUGCCUCGUAACCUUCCGAUCCUCAUCGAUGGAAUCGAAACCGAGAUUGACCGUCGCUUCCUCGAUCACUUCGUCUAUGGGUUUAGUCGCGUCCUAACCCUCAUCAACGAUGACUCGAAUCCGUUCAAGGAGAUCUUGCUGCCCAUGGCGACUCAACACCGGGGGUUGAUGCAUUCUUUGAUGUGUCUGUCAGGUUCACACUUGUCAGGUAUGGAUCCAGAGCCUCAGCUGAAGGAACGGAAAUAUUUCCACUUCCAUCGCGCGAUCCAGGACUUGAAGGAAAAUAUCACGGCGACAUCAUCCCCAUCCACAUCCACAUCGCCACAAACCCCAACCUCGGAAGAAGAUCACCAAGCGCUCGUGGAGGACCCCAUCAUCGCCUCGACUAUUGCGCUAAGCUUGAACACUAUCUGUGAGGGUGAAACAAAUGGUGAAUACCGACCCCACAUGGACGCCGCACGGUACCUCAUAGGGUCCCAGCAGCCACGCAAUGAGAAGUUCCGAAAGUUUAUCGUCGAGUUCUUCGAGUAUCACGAUGUCUCAAACUCACUCACUUCCCUGGAUCGCCGCCCAGCCUCUCAGCCAGGUGGGAUGCGCAUCCCAGAAUUCGUACCCGGUGUGCAGGCAGGCAUGUUCGUGGGUGUGUUCGAUGGGUUAUUCAACUAUAUCUCGCAGGUAACCCAGCUUCGCGAUCGUAUCCGUGCACGAUUCAAUGAAGGUUACGAGCCAGCUGUGGACUACCAGACCUUGAGUCAAGCCGUUCAAAUCGAUACGGCCAUCCGAACAUGGAAGACAUCUCAUGAAUCAGACUCAUCGAACUGGUGUCUGGCCCAACUAUACAGACAGUCUACCUGGGUCUACCUAUUUCGUACAAUCCGACCAUCCCGCCCCAGUGAAAAGAUCGCCCAAGUCGUUGAUGAUGGUCUGGCUUACUUAGAUCGUCUGCCACAGGAUGCAGGUGCUUACAGUAUUGUCCUUAUGCCACUAUUCCUCCUAGGCUGCUCUGCAUUCCUGCCCAAACAGCGUGAACGCAUUUCCAAAGGAUUUGAAUCGCUUAAAGCGUACUCAAAUCUCCGCAACAUUGAACCUGCCUUUAAGGUUGUGAGCCGAGUAUGGGAAAUCAUGGAUACCAAAAUGGAAGACAGCUGGGACUGGGAGAAGAUCAUCCAUGACAUGAACAUGGAUUUCCUCAUCACCUAA